AUGGCGUCCGCAAUCGCCAAAGCAACCCGCACCGAGGCGGACAUGGACCGCGUCCCGGUUCGCGUGGUCCGCUUCAUCCGCCUCGCGACGGCCGGCGGCCUCGCCUACGCCGCGUACAGGAUUCACUGGCGCAUGCUGCUGGCGAGCUUCUUCACCGGCCCGGGCAAGAUCAGCCGGAUCCUCAUGCUCAUCUUUGCGCUGCUGAACCUCAAGAACAUGCCCUUCGUCUGGACCUACCGCGUAUGGCACGCAAUCCUCUACCACCUCUUCAUCCGCAAAUCCCCCCGCCUCGGCCCGCGCUCCCUCUUCCGCCCCAUGAUCUCCCAGUCCCACGCCCCCAUCAUGGAGAUCGACUACAACGUCCACAAGUCCAACUCGACCUACUUCUCCGACCUCGACGUCUCCCGCACCCACCUAUGCACCUACCUCCUGCGCCCGGGCUUCCGCCAGCUCACCCACAACGCGACGACCAACCUCGUCCUCGACCCGCGCUCCGGCAAGCCCGCCAAGGGCUCCCUCGGCAUCAUGCUCGGCGCCGUGCACUGCUCCUUCCGCCGCGAGAUCACCGCCUACGCGCCCUACGAGAUGUGGUCGCGCGUCCUCGCCUGGGACCGCAAGUGGCUGUACAUCGUCACGCACUUCGUGCCCAAGGGCACCGCGCGCCCGACCGAGUGGCUCGACCCCAAGUUCGGCGGCGCGCGCGUGCGCCGCGGCCCCGGGAGCAACACGGAUAGCAAGGAGUGGGAGAAGAAGAUCUACGCGACGGGCGUGAGCAAGUACGUCUUCAAGCUGGGACGCCUGACGGUCCACCCGGCUGUUGCACUGGAGGCGAGCGAGCUGUUGCCGCAGAGGCCUGGAGGCUGGCAAGGCGGGGAGAACGGUGUUGGGGACGAAAGUGUCGAUUUGAGCGAGGUGCAGAACGAUAAUACGUGGGACUGGAAGAUGGUCGAGAAGAGGAGGCGCGAGGGUAUGGUUUAUGCGCAGCAGUUUGCCAAUAUGGACGAUCUGCAUGGCUGGCUUGACGGCGCUGACGGUGGUGAUGGAAGCGCGUUGGGCGUUUUUGGACUUGGUUAG